AUGACUGAAAACUACAAGUCAUUCAAACCAAAAGUCAAAGACUACAAAGACAAGAAAUACUUCAAUGGCGAAUGCUUUAUUUGUGAAAAGGUUGGUCAUAGAGCAAGAGACUGCCGAAACAAAGACAAGAAAACGCAGCGGAACUCCAAAGUGGCUACGGUUCAAGACACUGGACAAGUGCAUGAAGAGGCGUUUGUACUCAGGGCGAGUGAAUGGAAACCUCACUGUGUCCAACCGGAGGGUCUUCUCGUGGACAGCGGUGCUUCUGCCCACAUCAUGACCCAUGAAGAAGCCUUCAUUAGGUUUGAUGAAACGUUCCGGCCUCAGAACCACGUCAUGCAGCUGGCAGAUGGGACGCGGAUCGCUGGCAGCGUUCUGAAGAAAGGCGACGCCCAGAUCGAGCUGACCGAGAGCAAUGGCAGAGUGCUGCCCCUGGUUGUGUGUUUGGGGUCGCUGCCCCUGGUUGUGUGUUUGGGGUCGCUGCCCCGGGCUGUGUGUUUGGGGUCGCUGCCCCUGGCUGUGUGUUUGGGGUCGCUGCCCCUGGUUGUGUGUUUGGGGUCGCUGCCCCUGGCUGUGUGUUUGGGGUCGCUGCCCCUGGUUGUGUGUUUGGGGUCGCUGCCCCUGGUUGUGUGUUUGGGGUUGUGGUCAAAUGUGUAUACAGCCUGGCAUCUGCCUGACAUCUGA